AUGAAGGAGAAGUCCAAGAAUGCGGCCAAGACCAGGAGGGAGAAGGAAAAUGGCGAGUUUUAUGAGCUGGCCAAGCUGCUCCCGCUGCCCUCGGCCAUCACCUCGCAGCUGGACAAGGCGUCCAUCAUCCGACUCACCACGAGCUACCUGAAGAUGCGCGCCGUCUUUCCCGAAGGUUUAGGAGACGCAUGGGGACAGCCCAGCCGCGCAGGGCCCCUGGACACUGUCGCCAAGGAGCUGGGAUCACACUUGCUGCAGACUUUGGAUGGAUUUGUUUUUGUGGUAGCAUCUGAUGGCAAAAUCAUGUAUAUUUCGGAAACAGCUUCUGUACAUUUAGGCUUGUCCCAGGUGGAGCUCACGGGCAACAGCAUUUAUGAGUAUAUCCAUCCCUCGGACCAUGAUGAGAUGACAGCUGUCCUGGCAGCCCACCAGCCUCUUCACCAUCACUUGCUCCAAGAGUAUGAGAUCGAGAGGUCAUUCUUCCUUCGAAUGAAGUGUGUCUUGGCGAAAAGAAACGCUGGCCUGACGUGCAGUGGAUACAAGGUCAUCCAUUGCAGCGGCUACUUGAAGAUCAGGCAGUAUAUGCUGGACAUGUCCCUGUACGACUCGUGCUACCAGAUUGUGGGGCUGGUGGCUGUGGGCCAGUCGCUGCCGCCCAGCGCCAUCACUGAGAUCAAGCUUCACAGCAACAUGUUCAUGUUCAGGGCCAGCCUCGACCUGAAGCUGAUAUUCCUGGAUUCCAGGGUGACCGAGCUGACUGGGUACGAGCCGCAGGACCUGAUCGAGAAGACCCUGUACCAUCAUGUGCACGGCUGUGACGUCUUCCACCUCCGCUACGCGCACCACCUCCUGCUGGUGAAGGGCCAGGUCACCACCAAGUACUACCGGCUGCUGUCCAAGCUGGGCGGCUGGGUGUGGGUGCAGAGCUACGCCACCGUCGUGCACAACAGCCGCUCGUCCCGGCCGCACUGCAUCGUGAGUGUCAAUUAUGUCCUCACGGACAUCGAGUACAAGGAACUGCAGUUGUCUCUGGACCAGGUGUCCACGUCCAAGUCCCAGGACUCCUGGAGGACCGCCUUGCCUACCUCACAAGAAACUAGGAAGUUAGCUAAGCCCAAAAACACGAAGAUGAAGACGAAGCUGAGAGCAAACCCUUACCCCGCACAGCAGUACAGCUCGUUCCAAAUGGACAAACUGGAGUGCGGCCAGCUCGGAAGCUGGAGGGCCAGCCCCCCUGCCCACGGCCCGGCUCCCCCAGAACAGCAGCUCCAUUCAGAAGGCGGCGACCUUCUGUACGCCCCGUCCUACGGCCUGCCCUUCUCCUACCACUACGGACCCUUCCCUCUGGACUCUCACGUCUUCAGCGGCAAGAAGCCCGUGCUGCCGGCCAAGUUCGGACAGCCCCAGGGACCCCCGUGUGAGGUGGCACGCUUUCUGCUGAGCGCCCUGCCAGCCGGCAGCGAGUGCCAGUGGCAUUAUGCCAGCCCCCUAGUGCCGGGCAGCCCGUCUCCGGCUAAGAGCCUUUCCGAGCCGCCGGUGAACCCUGCUCGGCACAGCCUGAUGCCAAGCUACGAAGCGCCCGCCGCCGCACGCAGGUUCGGCGAAGACACCGCGCCGCCGCCGCCGCCGCCGAGCUUCCCGAGCUGCGGCCACUACCGCGAGGAGCCGGCGCCGGGCCCGUCCAAGGCCGCCCGGCAGGCCGCCCGGGACGGGGCGCGGCUGGCGCUGGGCCGCGCGCCCCCCGAGUGCUGCGCGCCGCCGGCCCCGGCGCCCCCGGGCGCGCCCGCGCAGCUGCCGCUGGUGCUGCUCAACUAUCACCGCGUGCUGGCGCGGCGCGGGCCGCUGGGGGGCGCGGCGCCCGGCGCCCCCGGCCUGGCCUGCGGCCCCGGCGCCCCCGAGGCGGCGGGCGGCGCCCUGCGAGCCCGGGCCCCCGGCCCCACCGGCCCCGCCGCCGCCCCGCCGCCCGGCGCGCCGCGGCCGCACUACCUGGGCGCCUCGGUCAUCAUCACCAACGGCAGGUGA